AGAGCGGGGGAGCGCGGCAGGAGAGGAGGGAGCGAGCGAGCGAGGAGCAGAGAAUAGGAGGAGGAGGAGGAGGGAGAGGCUCCCGUUCCGAUAUGGAGCGGGAGUUGCGGCUGGGUCGCUUCGGUAGAGAACUCGGAACGCAACAGCGGUGACCUCUGUCCCCGGGAUUGACCCCCCGGUGACCUCUAUCACCAUGAGGCUCGCGCUCCUGGAGAUCGCGUUGCUCCAGGUGCCCUGCCUCUUCUCUCACCCAGGGUGCCUGGCGGCCCAGGGCUGGUUCGCGAGGAAACUCCUCAAGGACCUGCUGCGUAAUUACACGACCUCCCUGCGACCCGUGGAGAACACGGAGCGAGUGAUGAACAUCACCCUGCGCAUCACCCUCUCCCAGAUCAUCGACAUGGACGAGAGGAACCAGAUCCUCACGGCCUACCUGUGGAUUCGCCAGAUCUGGCAGGACGCGAACCUGCGCUGGGACAAGGACGAGUACGACGGCCUGGACGCCAUCCGCAUCCCCAGCGGCCUCGUCUGGAAGCCGGACAUCGUGCUCUACAACAGUGCGGAUGACCGCUUCACGGGCUCCAUGGAGACGAACGUGGUGAUCCAGAACAACGGGCAGAUCACGUGGGACUCGCCCUCCAUCACCAAGAGCUCGUGCCGGGUGGACGUGUCCUACUUCCCGUUCGACCGCCAGCAGUGCCGCCUCACCUUCGGCUCGUGGACCUACAACGGCAACCAGAUCGACCUGCUGAGCGGCAUGGACGGAGGGGACCUCUCGGACUUCAUCGCCAACGUCGAGUGGGAGGUGCUGGGCAUGCCCGCCGCCAAGAACGUCAUCAAGUACGGCUGCUGCUCGGACCCCUACCCAGACGUCACCUACACCAUCCUGCUCAAGCGCCGCGCCUCCUUCUACGUCUUCAACCUCCUGCUGCCGUGCGUGAUGCUCUCCUUCCUGGCGCCGCUGGGCUUCUACCUGCCCGCCGAGUCGGGCGAGAAGGUGUCGCUGGGGGUCACGGUGCUGCUGUCGCUCACCGUCUUCCAGCUCAUGGUGGCCGAGAGCAUGCCGCCCUCCGAGAACGUGCCGCUCAUCGGCAAGUACUACAUCGCCACCAUGACGCUAAUCACCGCCUCCACGGCGCUCACCAUCUUCGUCAUGAACGUCCAUCACUGCGGGCCGGAGGCGCGUCCCGUGCCGCCCUGGGUCAAGUCGCUGGUGCUGGGCUACUUGGCGCGCAUCUUCCUCGUCUACGACGUGGGGGAGAGCUGCUGGGACCGCGACGCCCCGGGGAUCCGCGGCGGCGGGGGAGCCGACGGGGCCACCCCCGACACGGGAGCCGCUCGCCGCCACGGGCGGAGGAGACGCGGCGGUGGCGGCGGCGGCGCCGCAUCCGCGCCGGCGCGCAAGGGGGAGGCCAACGGUGGCGUGGAGGAGCGGCGCGGCGCGGCCCCCCCGCGGCACACGGUGGUGGUGCGGCUCGAGGGCGCCGGAGCGGCCGGCGGGGCGGCUCCGUGCGCGACGCGCGCGGUGCCCCAGCCGGACGAGAACAACGGAUGGCGCGGACGCGACGAGGAGGACGAGGAGGACGAGGAGGUGGUAAUGGGUUUCUCGUCCGACGACGACGGCGGUGGUGCUGGCGAAGAUCGCGAUGAGGAUAGGCAGGGGGAGGAUGGAGGGGACGAGAGCGAGGAGCUGCGCACGCGGCGCCGCGUGGCCGAGGGCGUGGAGGCGAUCGCGCGCUGCUUCCGCGAGCAGCGCGCGGGCCAGGCGCGCGUCUUGGAGUGGCGUCGCGUAGCGCGCGUCAUGGACCGCUGCUUGAUGUGGCUCUUCUUCCUCAUGGUCUUCCUCAUGAGCCUCAUGAUCGUGGUCAACGCCGCGUGAGGGAGCGCAGCCGCGCGCGUCGUACGCGUGCCAUGGUCAUCGCCGCUUCGGCCGCUGUUGUUGUUGUCGCUCUUGUUUUUGUUGUUGCGCAUGAAGCGGCGACGCUGUCGUUCGCCUGGCUCUGCUGGUCCUGGCUGUGGGGGGUCGCGUGGAGAUGAGCCCGAUGGGAGCGGUGCACAGCGUGGCGGUGGCGGUGGUGGUGUUGAAGAUUUUGGUGAUUAAUUUGGGAGGUGAUGAUGAUAACGAUGAUGGUUGGUACAGGGAGUCGGGAUUCUCGGGGUGCUCCGCAAUCCAUCGUAACGCUCGAGGUGCACAUUCGUAGAACUGUCAACAUGGUCGCUUUGCUUUGCUUUGUUUUUACUUGACGGAACAUUUGCUCGGCUACGUCCCAUCCUCUCGGCUGCUGACACGGAGAACCCAUGAUCAGUCAUCAUCACAAAUUACCAUCCUCAUCGAUAAUAAAUAAUCGAUCAUCGUUAAGCACGCUUGCAGAGACACCCGGAGACCCCCCAUUAUCCUUGACCUAACGGCUUCUAAAGCUCCAGCCCUCACUUUCUCGGGCCCACCAAUCAUCAGGCGCGUGUCGCGUGUAACGACUUAAUCUGCAUGUGAAAUACGAAUGGGGCCCGCUUGGUAUGUCAUAGGUGCCACUCCGUGAGAAUCCGUGUCCCCGAUAUCGUCACGAUCUGUUGUGUCAGUACAUGGGGGAGAGGGUGUCUCAAGGAUAUGAAAUUCACCACGUGCCGCUGUUACCGCUAAUGACGUGGAAGGCGACCUCAUUCGUGCCGCGGGCGAGGGGGAGGUGGAUGAGAGGUGGGGGCUGGGGGCUAAUCUCCCUGUGCUUUUGAUCUUCAUCC